AUGCCAUACAUCAACGUCAACCAAAAACAUCUCAAUUAUUCGGAUUCUCACCCCAAUGGUCCCCCAGCCGGCGGUCUAACCUACAUCUUCAUUCACGGCCUAGGCUCAUCCCAAAAUUAUUAUUAUGCGAUAAUCCCACUGCUAACUCCGAACCAUCGCUGCGUAGCAAUUGACACCUAUGGCUCCGGAAGAUCUGCUUUCACAGGCUUGAGCCAGUCAAUCGACACCAUUGCCGAGGAUGUCGUGAAAGUGAUGGACGGACUCAAAAUUUCAAAGGCGGUGCUUGUUGGUCAUUCAAUGGGCGGAACGACGGUUUUGCACAUUGCGGCCAAAUAUAAGGAUAGAGUUGUUGCGGUGGUGGCUAUUGGGCCUGUGCAUCCAACAGCUAGUACGGGGCAGGUCUUUGAGAAGAGGAUUCAAGUUGUAUCUGAGGAUGGAAUGGAACCAAUGGCCAACACAAUCCCCAACGCAGCAACCGGAUCAAAAAGUACCGCCUUACAAAAAGCGUUCAUCCGAGAACUCAUUCUAGGACAAUCUCCGGAAGGAUACAUCUCGCUCUGUCACGUUAUUUCGGAAGCGACCGCACCGGAUUAUGCUGCGAUUGAUGUUCCGUUAUUGAUCAUUGCCGGUGCUGAGGAUAAGGCGGCGCCGUUGGAAGGGUGCAAGCACAUCAUUUCUAGUGUAUCUAGUUCUUUGAAAACACUUGAUAUUUUGCCGGGUGUGGGCCAUUGGCAUUGCAUUGAAGCGAGCGAGGAGGUUGGGAAUCUAAUCUUGAAGUUUACGCGGUCACAUAGAGAUUAA